AUGCACGGGCUGUACAGAAAAAAUCAGCUGAGCGCGCCCGAGGAACACCUGUGCACGAACGCAUUUUGGAGGAAGAACCUGUUACGCAGGUACGAAAUAAAACCGAAAUAUUUUAACGUACCGACAUAUGUCAAAAAUAACACCAAUGAAUGCUUCGAGAGGGUCUCAAAAAAUUCCUGGUAUGAUACUAGCAGUUUUAGGAAGAAGAAAGGUGCAUUUUUAUUUAGCAGAGAAUUGAGAAACAUCAAUUGGGGUAGAAACCAAGAUGGAGUAGAAAUCAGCGUGAGUGAUAAACCACACGAUGAGGUUGAACCUUCUAUAAACGGUGCGCUUUCAAUACUGACAAACAGUGAAGGCGCCAAGAAUUUAGACGAAUGCAAUAGUUUCUCCAAAAAUGUUGUAAGUAGCAACCCAAAUGACAAUGCUUUGAAUGAUAAAACAUCAAAUGAUAAAGAAAAAAAAAAGAAAAAAACAGUCCAUUCACCCAAUGAUGGAGUAACUUCCAGUGGCAACUUGUUAACCCUUCAAGCCAGAAAAAAAAAGAUACACAAAUUAGCAAAAAUGGGUAGUGCCAAAAAAGCAGAUAACGUUAAAAAUGAAAAGUGGACUCCUGAAAGUUGUAAGCCUUUGGAGCAUAUACCCGCACAAAGGUAUACCCAAAAAGGGGGCGCUACUCAUUCGCCUAGUGGCCAAGUGUACAGAAGGAAACAAACGAGCGUUGAUCAUUGGAAGUUCAAAAAGGAGGAAAGAUUAAAGGGGUGUGUUCUGCAUGAACAAGUCAACGAGAGCAUCCUUUCCAGCAGGCUAUCAGUCGAAAAAGGAAUUAUGUGCGUACACAAAUUGCCUACACUUCCUCUAGACGAUAAAAUGAAGUCAGACAAAAAUGGAAAAGGACAAUUGGCAAACAUCUCUAAAAGGAUGAAAGAGAAAAAUUCUCACAGAAGGGAAAACUUAGCGGGGGUGUUACAGAUGAUUCCUUCCAGGGGGGGCACAAAAAAAGAAUCUCUUGUCAGCUCUUACUUCACUUCUGAAGUUGCAUCUGUUAGUUUUAUUGCAAGUGGAGGCUAUACCCAUAGGGGGAGCAAAAUGGAAGAGAAAAACACACAAAUAGGGGAAGAACAAAUAAGGGGGGGUUUUCAUCCCACUGGAAAUUCCAAAUCGAUGGCUAGAGCAAUUGACCUGAGAAAAGCAACGUACACAGGUUACCAACAAAAGGGGAGACGAUUCUUUGGGGCGCAAAAAAUGCUUCUAAACGAAAGAAAUCAGGAAAAGGAAAAAGUAAAAGUGGCGAAUUUAGAAGAUAGAGUUUCUGGAAUGCCCACCUGGAACUGCGUAUUCGAAUCACCACACCAUGUAGAAGGCAGCCCCACAAACAAGACACGAAUCACCAAUUCGGUAGAGAGAAAAAAUGGGGAACAUACAAAAGAUACAUGCUCAUCAAAGUACUCCUCAGAAAAAAGACCAACCGCAGAAUGUAUGAUGAUUGAAGACAUACAUAUAAAUAGGCCUAAACAAGAGGAGCGAAUCAUAGGCAUGUCCACAAAUUUACCACCCCAUAGUAAAAACCUUCAUCUUCUAGAAGACUGCAGGAAUGAAAAGAUGUUCUUCAACUCCCUUGUUACCACUAAAAUGUAUUUUAGAAUCGACUUUAAGAUAUAUAAGCCUAUUCUUAUGAGGACAAUUACCCAAGUGAGGGUGUACUCAAAUGAGAAGCUACUUCAGUGUGUUUAUAUAAAGGAGUACCCACAAAAUUUUUCUGUAGUUGUACAAAGUGCUACCCGAAUGUACAAUGGAAAAGUGCUAGACAAAAUGAAAAAUAAGUUAAUUAAUAUCAAAGAAAGAGGGGUUCUGAAUUUUACGUAUCUAAAGAAUGAAAAAGUAAUUGGGUGUUCCCAUAUUAGCAUUAAGCAUCUAGUAUGUUCUGGAGUAGAAGGAGGCAUUUUCAUUCCAGUACAUGACCACAUGGAUUGUAGAAAGGAGAAGAAUCCAAAAGAAGCUUUUGUACAAGAUCCUCUCCUCCCAUUUGAGAGACAAGAAAUUAACGUUUUGAAGUCCAAAAUUUUUGUAAACUAUAGGAUUGAUUGCCCCAAAAGUAUGCAUGAUUUUAUUUCAUCUGGAGAAAUGGUUACAACAAGGGCGAAAAUAUCCUUCCUGGAGGAUAUGGUUAGACAAAUGUAUAGCUUCAUAGAAGAUUCUGCGCUUCUCAGGUUCGCGAAGGGUACAAGGGUCGCACAUGGAGGUAGUGAAUGUGGCACUGGGCAUGGGGGGGUAGGUAGUCCACAGGUGCCCUCCUUGGAAUAUCACGCGUUGAAAGAAGUCGGCAAAGUGGAAAAUGGGGACCAAGACGCCGACGGCGAAAAACACUUAGAAAGUGAAAACACAUGCGAUAGAAGCAGUUAUAUGGGGAACGCCGAUUCGAGGCAAUGGGAGAAGGGAAGUUUAUCCAGCGUGCUCAACGGAGGUGAUGCCACAGAAGGGGGUGGCAGAGAGACUAAGGAUCAUCGGCCCAUUGGGAAUGCCACCCAAAAUGGGGAAAGGGAAAAUGUAGUCGAUAGGAAAGAUGAAAAUGUGGUGGAGGAAAAAUCCAAGAGCACUGAUUUAGAGGAAGAACCUUGGGAUAAUACGCCUUGCUCGAACCAUAGAGGGCAUUCUCCGUGUGAUGGCAUUGUCACGGAGGAACUACGGGAAGAGGUACCCAAUCGGAAUAACGUAGUGGCAGAUGUGUUAAAAUUGAAAUCAGAAGACCCCGACAGAUAUAAUUGUCAAGAUAGGGAUAACACCCACGUGGAAAGCACUCCUCCUGGGAAGGCACAGAGUGAUAAUGGAGAGAAUGAUGAGAGCAACCAGAAGGGAACCAAGGACGAAGUAGGACAAUGUGGCGAGAACAAGUGCGUUCCAAGAGGGAUGCCUACUUACACUAAGGGAUCAAAAACAAAUUUCCCAUUUGAACAUAAAAAGAGAAAAGAGCAAAUAGAGCAACUAGAAAGCAUCAUAGCAGAGUAUAAAAAAGAAUUAGGAGAAAAAAUGGAGGAGAUACAAAAAUUAAAACAUUCAAACAAUAAUACAAAUAUACUCUACAAAGCCUGUUACAGGAAAUUACAGGAAAUUGAAAAUGAGCGGAAAAGGACCGACGCAAUGAACUUCCUACUCAGAUUCGAUGAUUCCUGUGCUAAUAAGUUAACCAAUCGUUUGGACACGAAGAAAUCCCUCCCCCGAAGAAAGGCAUAUACUGAAACUGAUUUGAAUAUAGUAAUGGGCCCUGAUAUGCGAAGAAUAAACUCUCUGCAAACUGCUUUAGUUGCGCUAAACGUUGAAGACAACAACAUGGGCGGAAAUUCCAUUCGCAGGAGCGGCACUGUCACUGCCACUGGAAGCAGUGCCUAUGCAACCAUCAUCCGAAGCCUCCCCCCAUUGGGGAAGGAAAAAAUGAACAAGAAGAAACAUACCAUCCGCAAUGAAUCAGUCAACAAGACGGUUAUGAAUUUAUUUGACGGUGAUUUAGGAGAAAAUCUCCUGGUACAAAAGAAUGCCACACGGAGAGGAACCAUGACGGGCGAGAAUGACCACGACGACCACCAAUUCCUCCUCAGUAACUAUCAAAUUAAAGAAAAAAAAAUUGAUGCGCUUGUAAAGGAAAACGAAUCGUUAAAGGAACGAAUAAACACUUUGACCUUAACCGAUGCGGAAUGCUCCAGCAGAAUACCACCACUCAGAGAUAUUUACUCCACAACAAGAAAAAAAGACAAAUGUAGGGGCCAGAAACAUGCGAAAUUAAGAGGAGUCGGGCAGAAUCGCACGAACUCAAACUAUGUGGAACAUUCGUGGGGGGAGAAAAAAAAAAAUUACAACUAUGAUGGGGUGAGGAACAAAUAUAGCAGUAACAGCAGAUUUAACUUCCCUCUCAAUUUGAUUAGAAGUUAUUCUAACGAUUCCAUUUCUCACAGGGAUGUGGGCAUCUAUUCAUCCGGAUGUUAA